AUGGCAGCACAUUGGAGGGGUCCAAAUGAGGAGGAUGAGGAGAGUAAACGAUCCAGCAGGUCUCUGCUAUGUGAGGAUCUACCUGAGCAGGAGGAGUGUCCGGGCGUCCCGUUCCCGUUGGAGGACGAGCCCUUCUCGUGGCCGGGACCCAAAACCCUGCGCCUGCGUCGCACGUCGCACGGUUUCGGCUUCACCCUGCGUCACUUCAUCGUCUACCCGCCCGAGUCCGCCAUGCAUUCCACCUUCAAGGAAGAAGAUCGUGUCCUCAGAGGGCGACCGCGGAACAGGCUGGAGCCAAUGGACACGAUCUUUGUCAAGCAGGUGAAGGAAGGAGGACCUGCCCAUAACGCUGGCCUUUGUACAGGAGACCGUAUAGUGAAGGUGAAUGGAGAGAGCAUCAUUGGGAAGACCUACUCUCAGGUCAUCGGGCUGAUUCAGAACAGUGAUACCUUUCUGGAACUCUGUGUCAUGCCAAAGGAUGAAGACAUUCUGCAGCUGUUCUCACCGAAGAUCGCUAGUCUGGCCUAUUCCCAAGAUGCCUAUCUCAAAGGUCAUGACCCGUACAGUGGAAAUGCUUGUCACAUCCCAGAGCCUCCCCCAAUAUGUUACCCUCGAGUAGACUGUAGACCCCCAGGGAUGGCCCAGGCCACGGAGACAUCAUCCCAUGGGGGGCUCCCUUCUGACCUUGGAUACCGUGUGGAGAUCCCUGUUCCUCCCUCUCCUCCUCCGCCCCAGAUCCCAAAGACGCAGACCGCUGUGUACGUGUGCAACGAAAGCGUGAGGACGGUGGUGGUACCACCCGACGUCCACAUGGGCCGAAUGGGUCCUGCUCACGGUAGAGACUACAGCCAAAUGGGCCAAGAGCCAAUGCUUGUCAGAGCCAGGCCCGGCACCGUGUCCGGUCUGUCUGGAGGAAGGCCACUUUACCCCCAUCCCCGCAAAGCUGAUAUGUUCCCUACAGGUUACCAAGGAGAUCCUUACGCCAUGCAAACCUCCCACUACGCGCCCUCUGCCAACCCCCCGGCUAACCUUCAGAAUAUCGACUGGCGGACUUACCAGACGUACGGGGAAUACAUUGACAACAAGGGCCUCCACGCUUACGGCCGGUCUAUCCGAGAGCGCCUGGACAGCCUACGAGCCACCCCCCAACCUGCUCAUAGUGCCCCUCACUGUCCUCCGCACGGAGGCUGGGGGAAUAAGCUCCACCGCAGGAGCACGUCCCAUGACCGGGCCUACAACAGGCCCCAUGUACACCAGCCACGCAGUGCCUCUCAGGACAGAAUGAGUGGCAUGGAAAGGCAGGUAUACGCCCGGGACUGGCCUCCACGUAGCGUGUCCUCAGAGGGCCUCAUGCGGAAACCCCGUUCCCACUCCUCCGAUUACUUGGAGCACAGUGACCUGGUUCCUGUCAUGCAGUGGCCCAUGGACAGACGAGGCUACGGCAGGAUGGAGCAAGGAGGUCGUCCCAGCAGGCAGUCCCUCCCUUCGCGAGCGUCUCUCCAUCAUCCCCCUGCGGGAUACGUCAACAGUGUUCGCAGCAGAGCCGUUGCUCAUCAGCUCAGUUCCAGGACAGACGUCUUGCCCAGCGCUGUUCCCUCCGAGAGACCCUCACGCAUGGGCAAGGAGCACCCCUCUAAAGACCAAAGACCAGUUCCCGCGGCCAACCACGUUCCCCACCCAACACAGCAGAACCUGCCGCCUAGGACUCGGACAGAGACCAUUCCUAUUCCAGAGGCUGCUAAAGAGGCAGGGGUUGGCUUGAGAUCAGCUUCCUGCUCUGCCCCUAGCCCUCAGGACAAACAGGAUGGGACCACUGCCCAGCGGCCGUAUACUCGGGAUCCUAAGGGACCACCGGUGAACGGGCGUAGCCCUAUCGAAGGUGUCGUGUUGAGGGAGAAACCUCCUUCUGGGAAGGCCGCUCCUCUCCGGCACCACUCAUACAUCCUCGCUGUGAAUGACGCUGACGGGGCGGAGCCAGCAGGGGGCGGUGUUUGCUGGCUGCCCAAUGACGCGCGACGGGACAUGCACAUGAGACGACUGGGCGAGCAGCAUGACUCCUCCUUCUGCUCCAGCAACCUGGAUGAAUCGCUCGACUCCAUCCCCUUCAUCGAUGAACCUGCUAGUCCCAGUGUUGACCAUGAUGCCACACACAUUCCAGCUUCUGCAGCAAUAUCUGGAGCAGCGCCCAUAACUGCCAUCUCCCCUGGUCCUGCCACUCCCAGUCCUCUGAUGCGUCGCCAGCUGUCACAUGACCAAGAAUCUCUCCGAAAUGCCAUCCUGGAAUCGCAGACAGAUGCCAAGACGGAACGAUCCAAGUCUUACGACGAGGGGCUGGACAAUUACAGAGAGGAGGGGCGAGGACGCUCCUCCAGUAAACACAUGCCCAGCUUUAAAGUCCUGAAGAAGGCUCUGGAUGGUCAUAAGUCAGAUGACUCUAGCUCCAGGAGGGACUCAUCCUCGGACAUCUUCAGUGACUCCUCCAAAGAGGGUUGGCUUCACCUCAGACAACUCAACACAGAAAAGAACAAACGUGUGGGCGGUGGUAUACGGCUAUGGAAACAGCUGUACAUUGUGCUCCGUGGAUCCUCACUCUACCUGUAUAAGGACAAGAAGGAGGCACUCGCUCAUGCCAACUCACAACUGGAAGAUGACCCUCAGCCAAUCAGCAUCAAAGCCUGUUUGGUUGACAUCUCCUACAGUGAAACAAAGCGUAAAAAUGUGCUUCGGUUAACCACAUCAGACUGCGAGUACCUGUUUCAGGCGGAGGGACGUGAGGACAUGUUAACCUGGAUUCGAGUCAUUCAGGAGAACAGCAACGUGGAUGAAGAGAAUGCUGACGUGACGAGCACUGACUUAAUCAACAGAAAGAUUAAAGAAUACAUCUCAAUGAGUGCCCCCAGCAGUAAGACAGAGCCGUCACCCAAAACCACGCGACAGUCUCUCAGUAUUAGACAGACUCUGCUUUGGGGGAGAGAGACAAAGAGCCAGAGUCCCCACUCCCCCAAACACGAGCAGGACAGGAGACUGCUCAGCAAAGAUGAUCUGAGUCCUCCACGGGACAGGGCGGCGUGGAAGAGGGGUAUUCCAGGUUUGAUGAGAAAACCCUUUGAGAAGAAACCAACAGCAGGGAUGACAUUUGGUGUACGGCUGGACAACUGCCCUCCUGCACAGUCCAACAGGUUUGUACCUCUUUUAGUUGAGGUGUGUUGUAAGCUGGUGGAAGAGAGGGGACUGGAAUACACUGGAAUAUACAGGGUACCAGGGAACAAAGCAGCCAUCUCUAGCAUGCAAGAGGAUCUUGACAGCAAAGGCAUGAGUGACAUAGACAUCCAGGAUGAUAAAUGGCGGGACCUCAAUGUGAUCAGCAGUUUGCUCAAAUCCUUCUUCAGGGAACUUCCAGAACCUCUUUUUACUAACGAAAAAUAUGCAGAAUUCAUUGAUGCCAAUCGAACAGAAGAUGGCGUGGAGAGGUUGAAAGAGUUGAAGAGACUGAUUCAUGAACUGCCAGACCAUCAUUACGAAACCCUCAAAUUUCUCUCUGGUCACCUGAAAACAGUCUCUGAGAACUGUGAGAAGAACAAAAUGGAACCACGUAACCUGGCCAUAGUCUUUGGUCCGACUCUGGUGAGAUCCUCAGAGGACAACAUGACUAACAUGGUCACACAUAUGCCUGACCAGUACAAGAUAGUAGAGACCCUCAUUCAGCAGUACGACUGGUUUUUCACCGAGGACGGUGACGAGGAGCCAACCACCACGGUGGAACAGGAGAGCACAGUGCAGUCUCAGCCUGUUCCAAACAUCGACCACCUGCUCACCAACAUCGGCCGCACAGCCCCCUCAACCGGAGACAUCUCAGAUUCAACCACCAGUGACUCUGCCAAAUCAAAGCAGGGCUCAUUGGUAUCAGGAAAAGACCAAUACGGCAGAGAGCUACUCCGUUCCUCCUUCUUUGUCAACCGCAAACGUAAGAAGCCUAAGGACAAGCCUCAGCCUAGUAGUUCAGAUGAUGACCUGGACUCGAAUCCAAUUAGCGAUCCAAACUGUACCACAGACUGUCUUACAGAAGAGACUGGGAUAGAGUCUGGGAUGAGCGAUCAAAGAGAGAGGACUACGCGCGAGGAUCCAACUCAGGGAACGAGUCUGGAACAGCUUCCUGACAGCUGUGAGUCCCAUGUGGAACAUCUCCCACUGCAAAUGUCCCCCUCCCCCAAACCUAGCGGCUCUCCCACCCUGAGUUACCAUAUUGAGAUGGCCCGCCAAAACUCGCUUUCCGACCCCCCCUCCAACUACGACGACGGCUGCGUGUCAGACUUGGGCACGCUAAACAGCACCAGCUCACAGGCUUCAGCGCCGCGGGUCAGACAGGGCAGGACCCUGGGCAACUGGAUGGAGAACGCUGGUAUGGGCCCUGGAGCGGAAGUCUGCUCCAUCACAUCCGACUACUCCACUACCUCCUCCAUGACCUUCCUCACAGGGGCAGAGUCUAGCGUCAUGAGCCCAGAGGUGCGCUCCGUAGCCGAGAGCCGUGGGGACGACGCAGAUGAUGAACAGAGCGAACUCAUCAGCGAAGGGCGACCCAUGGAGACGGACAGCGAGAGUGACCUGUCGGUGUUUGCCGGAGGCAGGGAGGGGGCCAGGCAGGUGGAAGAGAGCGAGAGCGACCUGCCCGAACGCAACACCACGCCUUUGCAGGAGGUUUCCAGCUUGGUGCCGUCCCAUCGGAUCAUAGCCUGUGACACCCUUGCACGGAAGAGAGGGAGCCGUCAGAAAACAGACAGCGAGUCUUCGGCAGACGGCGGCAGGAGCGACUUCGGCAGGAGCGACAAGGAUUCCGGGUUGCUCUCUAGAGCUCCCGGAACUGUCAAAGGCCGAUCCACGGGCAGCCUGAGCUCUUCAUCCCGCAGCGAGUCGGAACGUGCGGAGCCCGCCUGGCGAAUCAAAAUCACCGACCGCCUCAAGUCCCGGCUGCUCUCAUCAGCCGACGACAUGUUUGGCGUGGGCUCUCAACGGAACCGUUCGCCGGAAACCCGCACCAAGAGGAAGACCAACAUCCGCCGUCGGCACACCAUGGGCGGACAGAGAGACUUCGCUGAGCUUUCCAUCAUUGGGGAUUGGCAGGAUCAUGGAGGGAAUGGGCUGUCUGCUGUGGACCGCCUGAAACCCAAGUGCAGUUCGCAGGACUUCUCUAUCGGAGACUGGAUCGCUCGGGAACGCCACCGCGCAAGCAACCCUGAAGUUAGCCUGGAUCUGUCUGACCUGCAGAGCCCCCAGUCACAAGACCGCCUCUCCUCCAAGUCCUCACGUUCUCACCCCGGACAACUCCUCAACGGAGACAGCACGGCCUCUCAGAGCAAAAGCCUGAGCCUUGCCUCGGACGCCCACCCACACAAACUCUCUGGCACUCAAGUGAUUCGUUCCCGUUUCUAUCAGUACCUGUGAAAUACGUGUGUGUGUGAGUGUGUUUAUGUGCACCGUACCUUGGGAGAAAUGUGCUAGUAUGCAUCUGUUAGGUACUUGGAGGAAAUGAAUUGGUUGUGUGUGUGUGUGUGUGAGAGUGUGUGAGUGUGAGAGUGUGUGAGUGUGUGAGAGAGAGCUAUGUCACCUGUCAGAAGCUAAGUGUACAUGAGUGUGUAUUUUAACUGGGAGAAGAUAUCGAAUGUGUUAUGUGUGUGAGUUUACACAAACAGCGGAAUGAAGCGCACAGGGACAGAGUUCUCGGGGAGAUGCAGUGUUAGAUUGCUUUUGUUUUGUUUUUUUCCCCUUCCUCUCCUUUCUUAUUCAUGUGCAGGGACUGUCAUGAAGGAACUGCUUUUUAAUCUCCAGCGAUGAUUUGGACAUUUGCCCUCAUAUGAAAUUAUUUUCUAGUUACAGAGUUAGAUGAACCCUCCUAUUCAUGACCCAGGAAUCCACAGUAUUGCUUGAAGACUGUACGGGCCUCAGUGCCCCUGUAAUUACUUAAAGACUGUGAGAGUUUAAAGAAAAGAUGAUGUAGACGUGAUGUAAAUGGGAGAGUUUAAGCCAAAAGAAAGAGCAGACAUUAGAUGACUUUGAAGAAGAAAAAAAUGAAAGAGUAGGUCAUAGUAUGGAUGAAUAGGAUGUUGGCGCGGCAGGUGACAGUGUCUUAAGUUUAGCUGAGAAACUGUUUUGUUUUAAGUGUAAGGAGGUCCUACUGGUGUGCUUGGUCCUUCAGAAACUAAAAUGAAGAAUGUAAAUGGUUGUUGUACCACUUAGUUUUGUUUUGUUUUUAGUUUGCGCGUGGCCUCAUUUUUAGCAUGUACA